CAGAAGUGUCCUACCAAAUGAGCUCGGGAUUGGAAGACGGGCGGAAGAAAACAGCACUGCUUGUCUGCUCCAACAGAACCGCCGCCAGGCAGCCCCUCUUCGCGGCCAGGUGACAGCGGAGCCCUCCGGCCACGCUCCAGCGGCAGCCGGCGCAGCUCAAGUGUCGGCAGCGGUAGUCUUCAUGGCAGAGGAAUACUAUGGAGAACAGGAUCAGGCGGAGACAGAUGAUUAUAGCAAGGGUUUAACGAGCCGGAGGAAGCAUCUAGCGGCGCGCGGCGAGCAACGCCUACUCGCGGUGGUGGACGAACCACGCGCGGGCACCAUUUAUUCCAAAUUGUUCGCAACCCCACCAACAUCCAAGGCAAGAGAUGGAUACGAGGGUGAAGGUCUGAAGGCCAUGAUCAAACUAUGCCAAGGUGAGAUGUUACCAAGCGCCAAGCGGUUGCUUGUAGAUAUGGUUUGGAUGAUGGAUACAGUUGAAAUGCCGAGCUGGUUGCUGACACGAGGCCCGGGAUACUUUAAAUGAGGCUAGUUAGAUCUCUAGCUACAUUAUCUUUUUCUAACUCGAAUGCUAUCUCCUCAGCAUAUGUGUUAAUUUAAAUUCUGUGUAGAGCUUUUGUAGGUUUGAAGAAUGUGAAUGACCGUGUAAUAAGGAAAAUAUGUAAUUCCUUGACUUGUUUUUUUUCCUUCUUA